UACAUACAGAACAUAUUCAAGCAAAGAACCCCUCCCAAUUUCAUAACCACAAUCGAUCACAUCGACCUCUUCCGCCAAUUCCACAAGUAUCUGAUAACUGGUAUGCAGCCAUCACUUCCUUUCCGUGUAAAGAACACAAUAUGAGCACUGUUGUGCAAAGAACCCCAAGAUCAGGCAGGCAGUCAUUAUUCUUCCAAGAUUUGGCUUCACCUGUUUCAGCUCGGAGAGGAAAAUUUUCAAGUCCAGGUCAGGCAGCUGCAGCAUCUUCUCUAUGGCGUGAGAGCACUAGCGUUUCAGACCUCCCACCACCUCCUAUUUACACCUUAGAAGAUAGAUCAGAUAUUUCUCCUGAAUCAGGCAUACCAGAUUACCAAAUAUCUCCUGAAACUAAGUCUGAUCCUAGAAGUCCAAUCCAAACUGUGAAUAGGGAAUUUUCAACUCCAGCCAAAAGCAAAUCAGAGGCCAGUACAUCUUAUGCUUUAAAGGGUGUUCAGCAGAACCAGCAGAGCUCACCAGGCUUGAGUUGGUGGUCACCUACGUCUGCAAAGAGUGGUGGUGAACAAGAUGAGAAGGGAAGGAGUUCACCAGUUGAGGGUGUAGUCCAGUCGGGUGCUCUUGUCACUGUUCCUCCUCCAAGGGAAGUUGCAAGGACAGAUGUUCAGCGAAAUUCCUUGCCUGCAGGGAAUCAUAAUGAAGGGGAGUGGAUAACUGUUUAUGGGUUUUCUCCUGGGGACACUAAUUUAGUUUUAAGAGAGUUCGAAAAAUGUGGUAGAAUUUUGAGACAUGUUCCUGGUCCCAGGGAUUCUAACUGGAUGCACAUCUUAUAUCAGAACCAAUCUGAUGCUCAAAGGGCUCUAAACAAGAAUGGGAUGCAAAUUAAUGGAGCCCUGAUAGUGGGUGUGAAGCCUUUGGAUCCCUUGCAACGUCAAGCUUUAAAUGAAAGACUUGCCAAUCAGGAAUUUAUGCCCUUACCUCCACUGUCUGCUAGAGCAACCGAAGGGAACACAUUCAGAUCUCCUCCUUAUAUUCAGAAUGGCAGUACAAGCACUCGGCAAGCAGGUGCAAUUGCUUCCCCGGCAAAAUCCGUGGUUUCAAAAAUAAUGGAUUUGAUGUUUGGUGUCUAGAAUAGUUGUUCUUGUGAACCAGGCUAUAUCAAGUGUUUUAUUGUAACCAAGUAAAUAGGCUUUACAGCUCAUCGUGUGUCAUUCAAGUGUUUUGUCAUGUCUUGUGCAUCAGAGUUAAGUUGGGGAAUUUUUAUGACAAGGAUCUGAGCUAUGAGGAAUUCUGAUAUCUUACUAUUGCAUUAGUGGCUACCUAGAUCAACUUUGGGAACAUAACCUACAUACUUGUAAUAUUCCAGGUGAUGUGAUCUUGCUCAUAGUCAAUACAUGAAACGAAACAAUUGGAACUGUAUUUUCUUAUAAAUUGGCCAGAAGAUUUCUUGCUGGCGUUAUAUAGAACUCAGAAACUUUCCAUAUUUUCCAUGCAUGAACCGUUGACGGCGGAUCCAUUUUUAUUUUUAUUUUUUGUUUCAAGUACCAUCAUGUUGUAUGUAUCUUGCCAAC